GCGGAAGUGCCCGGACGACUAAUUCAAUAAGGUUAGGUCGGGAUGUGGCUAAAAGCACGCGAGUGAAUCACUUACACAAGAAGGGGAUCUUACUGCUGCUGCCGCCUUUUCUCCGCGCGUUUUACGGCGUGCUCCUUUUUACUGCUCUCAAAUGAGCCACUCUAGCUUUUAAGGAUAAAAAAGUAGUCCGCUAGCGGUUGUACGUGUGUUUGGCUCGGCGGAGAGAAAGGACGAGGGGAUUUGACCUCGCUGUGUCACUGUGAAAGUGCACGAGAAUAAACCGGCAGUUUCCCAAUGGCCGUGUCAAAGUGCAGCCGGCUCAGCGGUGCUUUGGUCAAGCAGCUGCUAGAAUCUGUGGACAGCGUACUUUUUGACUGCGAUGGUGUGAUCUGGAGAGGAGACCAGGCCAUCCCCGGAGCCCCCGAGGUGAUCAACUUGUUGAAGAAAAGCGGCAAGAAGGUGUUUUUCGUGACCAACAACAGCACCAAAACCCGUAAAAUGUACGCGGACAAGCUUGGUAAACUGGGCUUCGACGCUAGCGAGGAAGAGGUGUUCGGCACGGCUUACUGCUCAGCCAUGUACCUCAAAACGGUGUGCAGGCUCCAAGGUAAGGUCUAUCUGAUUGGGAGCCACGCCAUGAGGCAGGAGCUGGAAGCGAUGUGCAUCCAGCAGGUUGGCGUAGGUCCAGAUCCAGUGUCUGGAGGUCAAAGCGACUGGGCCAACGUUCCACUGGACCCGGAUGUCAAAGCCGUGCUGGUGGGCUUCGACGAGCAUUUCAGCUACAUGAAGCUGAACAGGGCGCUGCAGUACCUCUGCGAUCCUGAGUGCCAGUUUGUGGGUACCAACACGGACACCAGGCUGCCCCUGGAAGGGGGCAAAGCAGUGCCAGGGACUGGUUGCCUCCUGAAGUCUGUGGAGACAGCAGCACAGCGGCAGGCUCAGGUGGUCGGGAAGCCCAGCAACUUCAUGUUUGAAUGCGUAGCUGACCAAUUUGGUUUGGACCCUAGCAAGUGUCUCAUGGUUGGGGACAGACUGGACACGGACAUUAUGCUGGGCUCCAACUGCGGCCUGAAGACUUUGCUGACCUUGACCGGUGUGUCAACUGUAGCCGAUGCAGAGGCUCACCAAAGGAGUGGCUGCCCACACCGUCAGAAAAUGGUGCCUGACUAUUACGUUGAUAGCAUAGCAGAGAUUUUACCUGCUCUACAAGGAUAAAUAUUAGUAUUUAUUGCCAUUUAACAAGUGUUCUGCGUAAUGGAAGGUUUAGCAGAGGUGAAGUUAACAGGGAAAAAAUAAAUAUUUAAUAUUCUUCCAUAAGUUUAAAUUGAGCAUCGUUAAUUAGUUUGUAAUAUUAUGAGAAGUACUUUGUUAAAACACAGGAUUAUAAAAGGGACUGGGUGUGUACAUUUAUCCAUAUCAUCAGGCAUUGCCAGUGAGCUGUACUGUAUGCUGCCUGUAUUUCUUCAUAAUAUGCUCCGUCAACUGGGUCUACCUCUGUCUUUGCAUAUUCUGUAAUAAUGUCCAUGUUUUAUAAUCUUAUAUGCCAGGUACAGUGUUGGGGUGCUGUGGUCUUGUUUGAGAGUUAAUGUCUUUUUUUCCCUUCAAAUAUCUAGUUUAUUCAGUUUAUUUUGUGUGUAACAAAAUAGUCCUAACUGUGUAAACACUAAAUAAUUAUACAUACAUGUUCAGAGAGUACUAAAUUAGAAUAUAAUGCACUUGCAUGUUUUGUUAUGUAUGCAAGAACUGGAAAAAUCGCAUCCAAUAGACUAGAUGAUCUGUUGGUUGCUAAUGGAUUAUAUUAUGGUGUGCAUUAAGAGAUUUGACUGUUGUCCUGAGCGGUACCACACAAUAUGAUUUUUCUUGAGGUGCUUCUUUUUUGUCCUUGUUAAAAGAAAGCCUGCCUGUAGAGUUAGAAGAAGAAUGAAAUAAGUUUUAACCUGGCUUGGUUUCACGUUAAUAUCGUUAAUAUGUAUGCAUCUUUAGUCAGUUCAGCUUCUUCAGAUGUACCAUCAUUUCCCUUUUGCCUUGAACAAAGAUUCAUCAUAUGAAGAUCAAAUAAAUAUGCAUAUUUUCAGAAUGAAA